GAAAACAAAACUGUGAAAACAGUGAAAACUCAAUUUUAAAAGUGACGCUAAAAUUGAAGCUUGAACUUAAUGCGAACUUGAAAGGAAAAUGAGCGAUGAUUCUCCUAGCUGUGCGAGGAACCCUUCCCCUCCCCCAGAGUUACAGGAGAACACAGACUUAUUUGAGGCAGGAGCCAUUCGCAACACAACCUUCAGUAAACACUGGCUAUUUUCCACUCUCAUGAAACUCAUUGAGGAAGUAGAUAAAGAGAAUGACAACAAAGAAGUGGAGGAAGGUGGGAAUGAUUUCAGUGUGGAUGUGGAUGAAGAGUUACAGAACGAACUCUGUGAACUAUGGGACAUGUCCAUGAACUCAGAAGUGGUCCAAUUCCUCCAUGAAUUCAAAGCUAUUGAUAUAUUUGUUGGGGUUAUUGGCAAAUCAAAAGCUCCCAGAGUCACAGAAAUUUGUGUAGGAAUCUUGGGAAAUAUGGCAUGUGAUGAGACAGUUUGUGUGACAAUGUCAGAAAAUGAAAAAGUUAGGAGUAUGGCCUUGCUGUUGUUGGACAAUUCUGAUCCUCAGACAUUGAAUGAAACAACCAGAUUUCUGUACACAAGUCUUUCUAAUCCUGCUGCCAGAGGAGCAUGGAUUGAGGCUAUCACUCAAUCAGAAAACAUCCAGGACCACAUUAACUUCAUCUUCCAGAGUUCCACAAAUUGUGAUUUGUUACACAACACGGCUGAGUUUUUGGAUGUUUUACUCGAUGUCGAUGAGGAGCUUUGUGAGAAGUGGGCCACACCCCUCCUUAUUCAGUCCAUGCUGGAGGCAAUCAAACAGAUCGGGUGCAAACACAGUGACGUCCUGGAAACCUACUUACAUAUUUUCCAGCUGCUGUCCACUACAGAAACAGGAGUUGAAUCUCUAGUUGAGUGUGCUGAUGGCUUAUGCCCCCCGCUGAUAAAGUACCUAGGAAUACUCUGUGAAGAUGAAAUAGUUGGAUUGGAGGGGAGAGAGGCAGCUAUAUCAUCAGCUCUGUCUGUCCUUAAUGUCAUUUUUACUUCUCAUGAUGAAACGGCUGCCAGGCUUCUCAAAGAUGAAAAGUUAUUGAGGAUCUUCCUGAAGAUUUUGGAGCCAUUGAUGCCCUACAUUCACCAAAUUAAUGCUGAAGAAAGUGUCAAAGAAACAGAAGUGGAAAAAGAGUCCUUGUCUGCUGAAGGAGACAAAAAAGACACUGAGGCACAGCCUUCAUCCUCUGCUGAUAACAUCAGGACCAAUGAAAAAGUGGCACAGAAAUCAGAGGACGAUGUGGCAGAUGAUGAUGAUGAAAUGUCAGAGAAAACUAAAAGACAUUUGAUGAUGCUUUAUAGAAUCCUUCAGGGAUUUGCAUAUGAUGUAUUAUUUUCCAUUCACAUGGCCAUGACCGAGGAGGAAGAGAGUUUGUCGUCUGAGAUGAAAUACAAAAAUCUCUUUAGCUACCUGAAUGAAUCAGUCAGCAGACUUCGUCUGAAUUACUUCAUAACAGCACUGAAGGACUCAGCAAAUGAAUCAUUUAAUCCUAUAGAUACCUUAAAAACUGCAGCAAACAAGCUCAAACUUGAUAGACUUGGUAGAAUCAUUCAGUCCGUCUUAGAAGGACGCUGUGUGAGCAGAGAAAAUUCUGAUGGAAAUGGAACCUAAUGAUUAUACCAGCAGAUUUAAAAAUCGUGUACAUC